AUUCGCCGUGCCCCAAAUGUCCUUCCUCUCCCCUCUGGGCUACUCAUCGGAGAGUUGCGGAUACUGCAAAGAUGCCUCAACGGGCCGCCGCAGCCCCAAGUCUCAUUCAGGUGCGAGUUACUACGUCUCGUCGAAAGGCCUGACCGUGGGCGUAUAUCAGGGUCUUGUGGAUCGAGGUUGGCGAAGAUCUGGCACCAUUCUCUACAAGCCAGACGUCCUGCGACAUUGUUGCCCCCACUACACGAUACGGCUUCCCGUUGAGUCGUUCGCGCCGGCGAGGGACCACCGACAGGCGGUUAAUCGUUGGAAUAGAUAUGUUCUCGGUGACGAGUAUCUGAAAGAGGUUGCUAAGUUGUAUCCCAAGUCGAAAGAGGACAAGAAACGCCAAAAGAAUGGCUUCGACCUCGUCACCACCGUCCACGAGAGCGAAUACCCCAAUCUCAAGCGGCCACCCGAGCCAGCCCACCGCUUCGAAGUGACGCUCGAACCCGAUGACUUCACGCCAGAGAAGUUCGCGCUCUUCAAAGACUACCAAAAGAACGUCCACCACGAGGCCGAAUCCGAAAUAUCCGCAAAAGGCUUCAAGCGCUUCCUCUGCGGCUCUCCGCUGAAACGCGAGACCCCGGACGUCGACGGCAAGACACUCCACCUCGGCUCUUACCACCAGUGCUAUCGCCUCGAUGGCCGCCUCAUCGCCAUGUCCGUCCUCGACCUGCUGCCCCACUGCGUCAGCGGCGUGUACUUUAUCUACCACUCCGACUUCGAGAAGUGGAGUUUCGGCAAGUUGAGCGCCAUGCGGGAAGCAGCGUUGGCGCUCGAGGCGGGCUAUAAGUUCUACUACAUGGGGUUCUAUAUCCACUCGUGCGUGAAGAUGAGGUAUAAAGGAGAGUAUAAGCCCUCGUAUAUUCUGGACCCGGAGACUUACAAUUGGGAUCCACUCGACGGCGAACUUCGAGAGCUGUUCGAUGCUAAGCCAUACGUGUCUCUGUCACGGGAGCGUAGAUUAGGCGCAGCACCCCCGUCUGCGGAAGUAGACGAGUACAUACACCCCAGCGCGAAGGAAGCGGGCGAGGCGGUGGAAAACGGACUGUCUCUCUUCGAUCUCAAGAUGCCCGGACUAAUGACCGCCGAGGAAGUCGAAGAGUACCCGCUUGAUCAGCAAGCGAUUCAAGUCGGCAAGAUCCCUUAUCCGCUGACAGCUGAGGUGCUCACAUCGUGGGAAACGGGCGAUAUUCGACAGCCGGCAACGAUUAAGGGGAUCAUUGCGGAGUUGGUCGCGUGCAUUGGACCUGACGUCGCAAAGGAGACUGCUGUUAGUUUUGGCUGAUGCGACGACUCGAAAUAUGUAGAGAAUGGCCAGAUGGGCGAUAGAUAUGGAUCAAUGAGAACUCAUACCCUGGAGCAGGGCCAAUUGAUAUCGACAAUUGCUCGG